AUGAAACGAGUUAUCGCCUUCUUCGCUUUGCUGCCUCAUGUCGUGUCCCGGACGCAAACGUUCGAAGACGCUUCACUCUUCGACCUCUACGAACAUGGCCUCCUUCCGGAGGUUGAGGUAGCUGGCAUGCGCCUGAAGAGUGUUCACAUUGCGCACAAAGUUUCUCGGGGCCCGAAGGAAGGCUUCAUGCGGCAAAAGAAACCCUCUUGGAGGUGGACGAAGACAAGAGUGCCUGAGGACUUCCAAAGCCGCUACUUCGACGAGAUGUCCCCCGCCCACGCCUUGCGUGGCAGACUCCUCUCCAGCGUACCGCGCUCCAACAUCCUCAAGGAGGCGGCUUCUGCACCAUUCGCCUUCCGCACGCCUCGGGACAAGGUCCGGUCUGUUACAGCUCUUCUUGCAGCCAGCGUACCCCUGGCAGAGUACCAAAAUGUUACAUUCAACUACGCACAGUUCAAGGAAGUCUAUGACAAGGGCGACAGCUUUUUCAUUAAUUGGUGUGAGAACUCUUCUAUCGCCAACAACGCCUCCGAGUGCAUCGAAUCUGUCAAUGCUUCCUUCGGAGCAAAUUUGGUCAGCAUGGAAGCCACAGCUCUCACGGAAAGCCGGACAGAGCUACGGACGGCUGCCGGAACUGCUUGGAUUCGUGACGGCUUCAUUGGGGCUCGAUCUUCCGGCUGUGCGCAGACGGGGCAGAUCGGAGAGCGCUGCUUUUCAGAUGAGGGCGUGGCCAUGUCCACGUAUGAGGACACCGACUCAAUCAUCCUCGUGCUGCAGGCAGGACUGGGAACCUCCGACCUGGCAAAUCUCAUCUGGCAGAACAAGGCCUGGUUGCUGGAGCAGUUCGAGGACUCUCUGCGUGAGCAGUGGCUCAUCAGCGCCCAGCAGGCCGCCUCAACGAACAUCACUUGGAGGAAAGCAGAUCAAGCGCACGAGUUUCCCAUCCGUUGUGCGUUCCUGAACGAAGCAUAUUCUCCCUUCGUGGAUGCGGAAACGGUCAGCGUUGGAUCAGGGAUUGCCCAGAGCUACCUGGACACUGAAGGUCUUUGGCCUUUGAUCAAGAACCUGGUGCGGACAGUCUUGGCAGAAGGCCAGCAAUUCGUGAAAACCGUAUAUCUGGCUGGCAUGGGUCUGGGCGGUUCGCAUGCUGCCUUGGCGAGCAUGUGGCUCAAGAAGAACGAAGACAAGGUCUACGACACCUACGUCAUUGCAGCUCCCGGAUUCCAGUGUACUGCCAAAAAUCUGUAUUCCACGGACAUGAUGCACUACGACACGCAUUCUCAGAUCAAAGUCUACUUGCAUGUCAUGGAUGUUCUGGCGGGAUCCGUCGACCAGUACAGUGGAACUGUUUGUAAAUACGGCCUUCACAAUUUCACGGCCUCCGAAUCCUUCUACGAAUCUUGUGGGCGGAUUGUGGGCCACACGGGCCCGGAGCUGUUUUGGAGGCCUUCCACUACCAGCACCACGACGACACUCGAGUUGGCCACGGACGAGCAGCUGGCUGCACAGCAGGAACUCGAGCAGUACAAUCAAAACAUCACCGAGGCCAAGGCGGCUUUUGACGAGUGCGUCUUCUUCACGCACUCGAUUUGGUAUGCGUUGCUGCUCUUUGUAAAUGAGGGUUCCAGAAUGGCACUCCGAGCUUUCCUGGCCCUCCUUCCGACACUGGCCGCCGCAGACAAGUGGGCGGUGAUUGCUGCGGGCUCCAAGGGCUUCUGGAAUUACCGGCACCAAGCUGAUGCCUGUCAUGCCUACCAGCUGAUGCUCAAGAGUGGCAUCCCUGCCGACAACAUCAUUCUCAUGAUGCAGGACGAUGUGGCCCAGGAUUCGGAAAACCCUUUCCCGGGCCAGUUGUUCAAUCGCCCGGGAGAUGACUCCCCGGAUGUCUACAAGGGCUGCAAGGUGGACUAUCGAGGAAACAUAGUGACAGCCCAGCUCUUCAUGGAUGUGCUCACAGGGAACACCCAGGGAGCCACCGGCAAGGUUCUGAAGAGCAAAGCCGACGAUACCGUGUUCGUCAACUUUGUGGACCACGGUGGCCCUGGCAUCGUAGCGUUUCCGAAUGGUCCCUUCCUGCAUGUCAAGGACCUCUCCAAGACCCUGAAGACCAUGCAGAGCAAGCAGAUGUUCAAGCAGAUGGUCUUCUACAUGGAAGCCUGCGAGAGUGGCUCCAUGUUCCCAGAUCUGUCCGAGACCGGCAAAAUCCUGGCAGUGACCGCCUCGAACGCCAAGGAGUCUUCCUGGGGAACCUACUGUGGAGAUGCAGCUUUGGUCCGGGGCAAGAACAUCGGCUCUUGCCUGGGAGAUCUCUUCUCUGUGAAUUGGAUGCAGGAUGACGACCUUGGCAAGUUCGCCUCCGAGACCUUCAACAGCCAGAUCUCCAAGGUGACGAAGCUGACGAACAAGAGCCACGUCUGCAGCUUCGGAGACAAGUCCUUUGCAGACGAGGCCAUCGGCAAGGUGGAGACUUCGGGGCUCUUGGCUCAGCCAGCCGAUGCCCUCAACGGUGCCGUCGACGCCCGAGACAUCUACGUCACCCAGGCUUUCUGGGCCGUUGAGAAUGCCAAGACCACCGAAGCGCGAGCGAAAGCCUCGAAACGCUUCGACGAGGUCGUGCGGGAUCGAGAGGCCGACGAGGCCUUUUUCGCAGACCUUGCGAAGGAGGCUUGCUCGGAGGUGAACUUAGUCGAUUGCCAGCAGAAGCUGCAACAGGAGCGCCAUGAGAUGAGCGAUGUGGACUGCCACUACAAGCUGGCACAUGUGAUCCACGAGCGCUGCCCCGCAUCAGAGUAUCACUAUGCCACUGGCGGAUGGAAUGGCUUCAACAUGAAAUUCUCCCAGGUCCUCCUGAAUCUCUGCGAGAGUCAGGAGCCUUUGGGCAAGUCCAGUGCAGAGCUCGCGCAGCUGGUGGAGCGCAAGUGCACGGAGGCAGCCCGCUCCAGCGCAGCGCAGGUCAUCGUUUAG